UACAGAGUAUAAAAGUACAAGGGGAGCAUUGUGGCCAGAAAGAGAUACAGUAACCAGCAGGACAGGAGGCAAAGGAGGAGAAUUAGGGUCCAGAGAAAGCAAAGGACAGGGGGUACAUACUGACACACAGGACAGACAGCUGGCACUGGGCAAAGCAGCAAUAACCCAUUCAUCCAUCACUCCAAGCUCUCCUGAAAGGGACAAUGCACUGCAAGCUCUGCCUCCUCUGUGGAGCUCUGUUACUCUCCAUCAUUCAGCUCCCCAGCUCCGGAGCUCACCCAAUAGUGGACAUGGACUCAGACAGAGAGCUGGACUCCUUCAAGGUGAGACAGAGAGUGAGGUCAAGCUGUUAGAGUGCUAGCUCUUAGAACAAGACAUUCCAUUUGCAGUGUGUGUGUAGAGGAUAGAGUUAUCUGCUGUGAUGUGCUGUGUGUUGGUAGACUGACAUUAUACUGAGAAUAAUCUAUAGGGAGAAAUAUCUGUGUAUUUAUAUAAUGUAUUGUGUGGAGCAGUGUUUUGUACAGAACAAACAGGGAACAAUAUUGAUUUAAUGUGGUGUAUAGAAAAAUCUACAGAGGGAAAUAUACAGAAUGUUCUGUGCAGAUAACUGUCUGUGACUUUACAUUGUAUGGAAAAUAUAGAGACUGAACUAUGAGAGUUUUAAUGUACAGUCUAAUUAUCUUUAGGGGGAGUUAAUGUAGAGUCUAAUCUAUAGGGGGAGUUAAUUGAGUCUAAUCUAUAGGGGAGUUAAUGUACAGUCUAAUCUAUAGGGGCAGUUAAUGCACAGUCUAAUUAUCUUUAUGGGGAGUUUAACCCCUUAAGGACCAAACGUCUGGAAUAAAAAGGAAUCAUGACAUGUCACACGUCAUGUGUCCUUAAGGGGUUAAUGUACGGUCUAAUUUAUAGGUGGAGUUAAUGUACAGUCUAAUUAUCUUUAGGGGGAGUUAAUGUACUGUCUAAUACAUAGGGGGAGUUUAAUAUACAGUCUAAUCUAUAGGGGACUUUGAAUAAGACGCACAGGUGUCUAGAAAGAGGUGUUUGGAUAGAUUAGUCUAUUAGAGAAUGAAUGUGUCCACUGAUCUCUAUGUACAAUAUAUCAGUACUGCUGUUUUGGAAUAGACUGUUACAUAGGAAGGGGAUUAAUUUACAGAUUAAUCUAUAGGGACAAGUACCGUUAUCGAUAUAUGCCUUGAUCACAAUGAUAUGAUUGAUCUGUAUUGAUAAGAUAAGUGAUUAUGCAUUAGGUAAGCAAUGCAUUUGGGCUAAUUAUCUAUAGGUAAUUAUUAUCGAUGAUCAAUAUGGACAUUAUUGAUGACAUUUUAUUGAUUAGGGUCCCCAUUCUGGAGUCUGACAGGACAGAUCCCCUUUUGGGGAACAAUAGGAAAAUCAAUGUAAUGAUUGUUUUCUCCUGGUUUUUUUUUAUUUAUUUUUUUAUUUAUUUCUGAUGAACAAAAGCAAAAUGAUGUGAAAUGAAUGUUUAACCCUAACCUUGUCCUUAUAUGAAGCGCUGGUUAUUAGUAGAUCAGACUGUGGGACUAAUAGAGGGAUCUUUGGAUGUAUCUGGUACGGUGUAGUAGAAUUAUUGAAUACCUGCUGUGGUUCAUUGUAUUCUUUGAAACUAUCAGUGUUUUUGAUAAACUGAUUGACAAAGUAUUUUAUAUAUUGCAGUAUAGAACAAAAUGAUUCGUCUAAAAUAGACAGAUCUGGUCUGUAAGAUGUUUAUACUUCAUCAAUAUGAUUCCCUGUGUACACUGGGGCAGUGUUUAUUUAUUCUUCAUUCUGAGAGAAUGUGAUAUAUGCUUAGACUGUGCAUUCUGUGUUCACACUGUGUAUUAUAAGGACAGGCUGUGCAUUAUAAGACCAGUCUGUGUAUUAUAAGGUCAGGCUAUGCAUUAUAAGACCAGACUGUGUAUUAUAAGGUCAGGCUAUGCAUUAUAAGACCAGACUGUGUAUUAUAAGGCCAGGCUGUGCAUUAUAAGACCAGACUGUGUAUUAUAAGGCCAGGCUGUGCAUUAUAAGACCAGACUGUGUAUUAUAAGGCAUGCAUAUGAUAUAGGGCUAUUCCAAGCUAGGGAAACAGAAAAUAUAUGGCAUAGUGCAAUACUGUAUAUACUGUGAUUGGGUAUAUGGGUAAGUGACAAAUGCUCACUCACACUUUAACAUCCCAAGAAAUGCUUUCAGAAAUAUGCUGUGUCUUCUUUGCUUCAGAUACUUGGUAAAUGUGAAUCUCACAUAAAAAACAAAGUGCAAAAAAUAUAGAUUGAAUGACUGUUUGAGUAAAGAGUAAAAAAAGCAUUUAUUACUUACAUCAAAGUAAAUAAAAGCAGGUAAAUCAGUCCGUAUCUGAAGCAAAAGAAGACACAGCAUAUUUCUGAAAGCAUUUCUUGGGAUGUUAAAGUGUGAGUGAGCAUUUGUCACUUACCCAUAUACCCAAUCACAGUAUAUACAGUAUUGCACUAUGCCAUAUAUUUUCUGUUUCCCUAGCUUGGAAUAGCCCUAUACCAUAUGCAUGUUGAAUUGAAGAUAGGAGGAAAUCUACGGGCAUAUCCUAUAUUGCUAAGGGAAGUUAUUUCACUUUCUAUCACAAUCACUUGUUGAAUUGUAAUUCACACAGAACUGCAUGUGAACAUUACUUAUGAGUGUGUGAGAAAUUCUACAUAUCUUGUUUAUAUGUGUAUUAUAAGGCCAGGCUGUGCAUUAUAAGACAAGACUGUGUAUUAUAAGGUCAGGCUGUUCAUUAUAAGACCAGACUGUGUAUUACAAGGUCAGGCUGUGCAUUAUAAGACCAGCCUGUGUAUUACAAGGUCAGGCUGUGCAUUAUAAGACCAGACUGUGUAUUACAAGGCCAGGCGGUGCAUUAUAAGACCAGACUGUGUAUUAUAAGGCCAGGCUGUGCAUUAUAAGACCAGACUGUGUAUUAUAAGGUCAGGCUGUGCAUUAUAAGACCAGGCUGUGUAUUACAAGGUCAGGAUAUGCAUUAUAAGACCAGACUCUGUAUUAUAAGGCCAGGGUGUGCAUUAUAAGACCAGACUGUGUAUUAUAAGGCCAGGCUGUGCAUUAUAAGACCAGACUGUGUAUUAUGAGGACAGGCUGUGCAUUGUGAGGUCAGACAGUGCAUUCUGUGUUCACAUGGUGUAUUAUGAGGUCAUACUGUGUAUUAUGAGGUCAGACUUUGAAUUAUGAUGUCAGGCUGUGUAUUAUGAGCACAGGCAAUGAAUUAUGUGUUUAUGCUGUUUAUUCUGCAAUCAUUCCAUGUAUUUAAUAUUCUCUACGUAUUUUCAGGGUGUGCUGGAAAGACUUGGAGAGAAGUUAUCCCUUAUUGAUGCAAUUGAAUCAAACUCCGAUGUCCUGGAACCCAGACAGAAUGCUGAUGUCCAGUUAGCAUCUCCAGAAGACAGGAAAGUCUCUCCAUCUGAAAACAGGUUCAGCCAGAAUGACAGAAAUUCAAUUAAGGACUCAUUCCUUAAAGGCCUACGGUCACUGCAGAACCGGAAGAUGAUGAGGGACUCUGGGUGCUUUGGAAGACGGAUAGACAGAAUCGAUUCAUUUAGUGGGAUGGGCUGUAAUGGUAAGCUAUUGAGUUUCAGUGACUGUUGGAAUUACAGACCCAGGGCAUGGGGUGGUAUUGGUAAGCCAUUGAGUUUUGUGUCCCAGGGCAUAGGGGUGGCAAUGGUAAGCCAUUGAGUUUGGUGACCCAUGGUUUGGGGGUGGCAAUGGUAAGCCAUUGAGUUUGGUGACCCAUGGUUUGGGGGUGGCAAUGGUAAGCCAUUGAGUUUGGUGUCCCAUGGUAUGGGGGUGGUAAUGGUGUCCUAUGGUAUGGGGGUGGUAAUGGUAAACUAUUGAGUUUGGUGAUCCAUGGUAUGGGGGUGGUAAUGGUAAACCACUGAGUUUGGUGACCCAUGGUAUGGGGGUGGUAAUGGUAAGCCAUUGAGUUUGGUGACCCAUGGUAUGGGGGUGGUAAUGGUAAGCCAUUGAGUUUGGUGAUUCAUGGUAUGGGGGUGGUAAUGGUAAGCCAUUGAGUUUGGUGAUUCAUGGUAUGGGGGUGGUAAUGGUAAGCCAUUGAGUUUGGUGAUUCAUGGUAUGGGGGUGGUAAUGGUAAGCCAUUGAGUUUGGUGAUUCAUGGUAUGAGGGUGGUAAUGGUAAGCCAUUGAGCUUGGUGAUUCAUGGUAUAGGGGUGGUAAUGGUAAACCAUUGAGUUUAGUGUCCCAUGGUAUGGGGGUGGUAAUGGUAAACCAUUGAGUUUGGUGAUCCAUGGUAUGGGGGUGGUAAUGGUAAGCCAUUGAGUUUGGUGACCCAUGGUAUGGGGGUGGUAAUGGUAAGCCAUUGAGUUUGGUGACCCAUGGUAUGGGGGUGGUAAUGGUAAGCCAUUGAGCUUGGUGAUUCAUGGUAUGGGGGUGGUAAUGGUAAACCAUUGAGCUUGGUGAUUCAUGGUAUGGGGGUGGUAAUGGUAAACCAUUGAGCUUGGUGAUUCAUGGUAUGGGGGUGGUAAUGGUAAGCCAUUGAGUUUGGUGACCCAGGGAAUGGGGGUGGUAAUGGUAAGCCAUUGAGCUUGGUGAUUCAUGGUAUGGGGGUGGUAAUGGUAAACCAUUGAGCUUGGUGAUUCAUGGUAUGGGGGUGGUAAUGGUAAGCCAUUGAGUUUGGUGUCCCAUGGUAUGGGGGUGGUAAUGGUAAGCCAUUGAGUUUGGUGACCCAGGAUUUUGGACGUGGCUUUGAAUUGUAAUACAUAAACUGACAAACCAGAGAUGAAAGUUACUUGAAUGGUAAAUCAAAGCACCAUCACCACAUGCAGCAACAAAGCCCAUGACCAUGCACAACGAAUGGCUAAAACCAGCUCAGAAUGUGUGUUUGAGAGACCCAAUGCAUUGGCAGGAUGUCAGGUUAAAUGAGUGAAAGUGCACAUUGAGUCGUGUUUCCUAAAAUAAGACUUGAUCCCACGGAGCUCGGGAAUGAGAGGUUCUGAAAAGAGAUAUUUAUAUCAAUUCACACAAAACAUAUUCAUGUAAUCUUUUAUUUUACAUAAUAAAUAAUAGAUUUUCUCCUUGGGAUUUUCUGAUAUUAAUGGAAAGGUCAUGUUCUGCUUGGCAUAUUUACCUGAUCAUUUUUUUCUUAUUCACUUCCCAGGUUUCAGAAGAUAUUGACCCACCUCGAAUGACAGCAAUUUUUUUCUCUGCUUCUUCUAAUCUCUUAAAAUGUUUCAUAUAAAUCUUUCUAUUUAUGACCGCCUGUUCAUAUUUAUUUAUUUAUAACUAUUUAUUUGAUGUUUUAUAAAGGCAUUAUUAUAUUCAUAAUCUCUAG